CAGGAGGAGAGCAAGCGACAAUCGAGAUACAGCCUACAGCCAAAAAAGCAAAUAUGGGCAAAGGGGACAAGAAGUCUGGAGGCCAACGUAGUGACGCAAGUACAAAUCUCGUCGGUAAAUUUACACAGAGCGUUCGAAGAAUUGUUCAGGACGUCAAAGAUGAAGGAACCGCAAGUGGACAAACGAAGGAAGAGGUGAUUGAGACGAACGAGAGAUUGAGGGCUGUGAGGAUUCGCUUGGACGGCAGUUAUGAAACGGCCAAACGCGCUCUUGUUGAGCUUAUGUGCAAAUAUGCUGAUAGCAAGCAAGUGCGUAACGUUUUCGAACGCUACGAUCAUCUCAAACUUAUGAUUAAGGACGUAAUAAAACUUGAGACUCAGUAUUGGACCCUGGUGGACAUUCCGCGGCAGGAAAAACAAGAAACAGUACCAGUGUUUGUGUUGCGUGCCUGCGCCAUCAUGGAGAAAUGCCAUAAAAGCGGUGAGAAUGUUAAAACCUCAACGAGGCUUGCCGAGGAGGCUGACAGCAAGCGCGACCGUAUUGAGCGCCUUGAGAAUAUGACAACAGCCCAGAUUGAGACAGAGAAUACACAAAUGACCAAUGAUUUAUACAGAUUAUUGAAGAAAUACACUGGACUGAGAAACCUUAUUCGAGAUCUCAAGGAGGAGUAUAAUAGUUCUAAGGUUUACCCGAUAAUACCCCGCUACUCAAUGCUAAAGGACAUGAUAAAGGAUAUAAUGCACAAUCCAGACUACAUGGAAGUUUGUCAUGAAGUUGAUGUAUAAUGAACAGAGUACCUCCGUUCGA